UUACAGCCCGGCAGGGGGCCAGGGGCGGCCCGCGGUUUGGGCGAGCUGGCCAGCCUGGAGAGGGGCUGGGCGCAUAUAACGGGCGCUGCGGCCCGGGCUAGACGCAGAGAGCUGCCGGGUCUCCUGCCUCUUCCUCCUGCUCCACUGGCCUCCUGCAUGAGGGCGCGGUAGAGACCCGGACCCACGCCGAGCUCCUGCCGCCUCGCUGCGCUCCGCCCGGGCCCGGCUCCGCCAGGCCCCGCGGUGAGCCAUGACCCGUCUCGGGGCUCCCCAGAAGCUGGUGCUGCUGACGCUGCUCGUCGCCGCUGUCCUUCGGUGUCAGGGCCAGGAUGUCCAGGAGGCUGGCAGCUGUGUGCAGGAUGGGCAGAGGUAUAAUGAUAAGGAUGUGUGGAAGCCCGAGCCCUGCCAGAUCUGUGUCUGUGACACUGGGACUGUCCUCUGCGACGACAUAAUCUGUGAAGAAGCGAAAGACUGUCUCAACCCGGAGAUCCCCUUCGGAGAGUGCUGCCCCAUCUGCCCAACUGAACUCGCCACUGCCAGUGGGAAACCUGGACCAAAGGGACAGAAAGGAGAACCUGGAGACAUCAAGGAUAUUGUAGGACCCAAAGGACCCCCUGGACCACAGGGACCUGCAGGUGAACAAGGACCCAGAGGUGAUCGUGGUGACAAAGGUGAAAAAGGUGCUCCAGGACCUCGAGGCAGAGAUGGAGAGCCUGGGACCCCUGGAAAUCCUGGCCCCCCUGGUCCUCCUGGCCCCCCAGGUCCCCCUGGCCUUGGUGGAAACUUUGCUGCCCAGAUGGCUGGAGGAUUUGAAGAUAAGGCUGGUGGUGCCCAGAUGGGAGUAAUGCAAGGACCGAUGGGUCCCAUGGGACCUCGAGGACCUCCGGGCCCUGCUGGUUCUCCCGGACCUCAAGGAUUUCAAGGCAACCCUGGUGAACCUGGUGAACCCGGUGUCUCUGGUCCCAUGGGCCCCCGUGGUCCUCCUGGCCCCCCUGGAAAAGCUGGUGAUGAUGGUGAAGCUGGCAAGCCUGGCAAGUCUGGAGAAAGAGGCCCUCCUGGACCUCAGGGUGCUCGUGGUUUCCCAGGAACCCCAGGUCUCCCUGGUGUCAAAGGUCACAGAGGUUAUCCAGGUCUGGAUGGUGCUAAGGGAGAAGCCGGUGCCCCAGGUGUGAAGGGCGAGAGUGGUUCCCCUGGUGAGAAUGGUUCUCCAGGUCCAAUGGGUCCCCGAGGCCUGCCUGGUGAGAGAGGACGGACUGGCCCUGCUGGUGCUGCGGGUGCCCGGGGCAAUGAUGGUCAACCAGGUCCUGCUGGGCCUCCGGGUCCUGUGGGUCCUGCUGGUGGUCCUGGCUUCCCUGGAGCUCCUGGUGCCAAGGGUGAAGCUGGUCCCACUGGCGCAAGGGGUCCUGAAGGCGCACAGGGUUCCCGUGGUGAACCUGGCACUCCUGGGUCCCCCGGGCCUGCUGGUGCCUCUGGUAAUCCUGGAACUGAUGGGAUUCCUGGAGCCAAAGGAUCUGCUGGUGCUCCUGGCAUUGCUGGUGCUCCUGGCUUCCCUGGGCCCCGAGGUCCCCCUGGCCCUCAAGGUGCAACUGGUCCUCUUGGCCCCAAGGGUCAGACGGGUGAGCCUGGCAUUGCUGGCUUUAAAGGCGAACAGGGCCCCAAGGGAGAAACUGGCCCUGCGGGACCCCAAGGAGCUCCUGGUCCCGCUGGCGAAGAAGGCAAAAGAGGUGCUAGAGGAGAGCCUGGCGGAGCUGGUCCCAUUGGCCCCCCUGGAGAGAGAGGUGCUCCUGGCAACCGUGGUUUCCCUGGUCAAGAUGGUCUCGCAGGUCCCAAGGGAGCCCCUGGAGAGCGAGGGCCCAGUGGUCUCGCAGGUCCCAAGGGUGCCAAUGGUGACCCUGGUCGCCCUGGUGAGCCUGGCCUUCCCGGAGCUCGGGGUCUGACUGGUCGCCCUGGUGAUGCUGGUCCUCAAGGCAAACUAGGUCCUUCUGGUGCCCCUGGUGAAGAUGGUCGCCCUGGACCCCCAGGUCCUCAGGGGGCUCGUGGACAGCCUGGUGUCAUGGGUUUCCCUGGCCCCAAAGGUGCCAAUGGUGAGCCUGGCAAAGCUGGCGAGAAGGGCCUGGCUGGUGCUCCUGGUCUGAGGGGUCUUCCUGGAAAAGAUGGCGAGACAGGUGCUGCUGGACCCCCUGGACCUGCCGGACCCGCCGGUGAGCGCGGCGAGCAGGGUGCUCCUGGGCCUUCUGGCUUCCAGGGACUUCCUGGCCCUCCUGGUCCCCCAGGUGAAGGUGGAAAGCCGGGCGACCAGGGUAUUCCUGGUGAAGCUGGAGCCCCUGGCCUCGUGGGUCCCAGGGGUGAAAGAGGUUUCCCUGGCGAACGUGGCUCUCCCGGUGCCCAAGGCCUGCAGGGUGCCCGUGGCCUCCCUGGCACCCCUGGCAAUGAUGGUCCCAAAGGUGCAGCUGGCGCAGCUGGGCCCCCUGGGGCUCAGGGUCCCCCAGGUCUGCAGGGAAUGCCUGGUGAGAGGGGAGCAGCUGGCAUUGCUGGACCCAAAGGAGACCGGGGUGAUGUUGGUGAAAAAGGCCCUGAGGGAGCUCCUGGGAAGGAUGGGGGCCGAGGUCUGACUGGUCCCAUCGGCCCCCCUGGCCCUGCUGGUGCCAACGGUGAGAAGGGAGAAGUCGGCCCUCCAGGACCUUCAGGAACAGCUGGUGCUCGAGGUGCCCCGGGUGAACGUGGUGAGACUGGACCCCCUGGACCUGCCGGAUUCGCUGGGCCACCUGGUGCAGAUGGCCAGCCUGGUGCCAAGGGUGAGCAAGGAGAAGCCGGCCAGAAAGGUGAUGCUGGUGCCCCUGGCCCUCAGGGUCCCUCUGGAGCGCCUGGGCCUCAGGGUCCUACUGGAGUGACUGGUCCUAAAGGAGCCCGAGGUGCUCAAGGUCCACCGGGCGCCACUGGAUUUCCUGGAGCUGCUGGUCGUGUCGGACCCCCAGGCUCUAAUGGCAACCCUGGACCCCCUGGCCCUCCUGGUCCUUCUGGCAAAGAUGGUCCCAAAGGUGUUCGAGGAGACAUUGGCCCCCCUGGCAGAGCUGGUGACCCUGGUCUCCAAGGUCCUGCUGGCACCCCUGGUGAAAAGGGAGAACCUGGAGAUGAUGGGCCCUCAGGUCCCGACGGUCCUCCAGGUCCCCAAGGUCUGGCUGGUCAGAGGGGCAUCGUGGGUCUGCCCGGACAGCGUGGCGAGCGAGGGUUCCCAGGCUUGCCUGGCCCAUCCGGAGAGCCUGGCAAGCAGGGAGCUCCUGGGUCCUCUGGAGACCGAGGUCCCCCUGGCCCCGUGGGUCCUCCUGGCCUGACUGGUCCUGCUGGUGAACCUGGACGAGAGGGAAGCCCUGGUGCUGAUGGUCCCCCCGGCAGAGAUGGUGCGGCUGGCGUGAAGGGUGAUCGUGGUGAGACUGGCCCCCUGGGUGCUCCUGGAGCCCCUGGACCCCCCGGCUCUCCUGGACCCGCUGGCCCAACUGGCAAACAGGGAGACCGAGGAGAAGCUGGCGCACAAGGCCCCAUGGGACCUUCAGGACCAGCCGGAGCCCGGGGAAUCCCAGGCCCUCAAGGCCCCCGAGGUGACAAAGGAGAAACUGGAGAGGCUGGCGAGAGGGGACUGAAGGGACACCGAGGCUUCACUGGUCUGCAGGGUCUGCCUGGCCCUCCUGGUCCUUCUGGAGACCAAGGUGUUUCUGGUCCUGCUGGUCCUUCUGGUCCAAGAGGUCCCCCUGGCCCUGUUGGUCCCUCUGGCAAAGAUGGUGCUAAUGGAAUCCCAGGCCCCAUUGGACCUCCUGGCCCCCGUGGACGCUCUGGUGAAACUGGCCCUGCUGGUCCUCCUGGAAAUCCUGGACCCCCUGGCCCUCCAGGUCCCCCUGGCCCUGGCAUUGACAUGUCUGCCUUUGCUGGCUUGGGCCAGAGAGAGAAGGGUCCAGACCCCCUGCAGUACAUGCGGGCCGACCAGGCAGCUGGUGACCUGAGGCAGCAUGACGUGGAGGUGGAUGCCACACUCAAGUCCCUCAACAACCAGAUUGAAAGCAUCCGGAGCCCCGAGGGCUCUCGCAAGAACCCCGCUCGCACCUGCCGGGACCUGCAGCUUUGCCACCCCGAAUGGAAGAGCGGAGACUACUGGAUCGACCCCAACCAGGGCUGCACCUUGGAUGCCAUGAAAGUCUUCUGCAACAUGGAGACUGGCGAGACCUGCGUCUACCCCAACCCUGCCAACGUGCCCAAGAAGAACUGGUGGAGCAGCAAGAGCAAGGACAGGAAACACGUCUGGUUUGGAGAGACCAUCAGCGGUGGCUUCCACUUCAGCUAUGGAGAUGACAACCUGCCUCCCAACACUGCCAACGUCCAGAUGACCUUCCUGCGCCUACUGUCCACCGAGGGCUCCCAGAACAUCACCUACCACUGCAAGAACAGUAUUGCCUACAUGGACGAGGCAGCCGGCAACCUCAAGAAGGCCCUGCUCAUCCAAGGCUCCAACGACGUGGAGAUCCGGGCUGAGGGCAACAGCAGGUUCACCUACAAUGUCCUGAGGGACGGCUGCACGAGACACACCGGUAAGUGGGGCAAGACGGUCAUUGAGUACCGGUCACAGAAGACCUCGCGCCUGCCCAUCAUUGACAUUGCACCCAUGGACAUCGGAGGGCCUGAGCAGGAAUUUGGUGUGGACAUAGGGCCUGUCUGCUUCUUGUAAACCAAGCCAAGCCAAGCCAAACCAAAUCAAACCAAACAAAGCAAAACAGAACCCAAACCCAGAAGCAUCAUGUUCCACUGCAAACCCAAAGGACCCAAGUACUUUCCAAUAUUGGUCACUCUAGAACGCGGCACUGAAUGGCUGACCUGACCUGGUGUCCAUUCACCUCCAGCCUCUCACAGUUUGGACUUUUCUCCCCUCUCUCUCUGAGAGACCUGAACUGGAUGACUGCAAAAUACAAUCUCGGUGUUCUAUUUAUUUAUUACCUUCCUGUAAGACCUUGGGGUCGAGGCAGAAAGGAUACUAACUGGCAUGAAUCAAACACUCCCUGAGUGACUGCCCACCCCCAGCCCAGGCGAGAAGACCCCCCCCUUCAGGUGCCGGGUGCAGGAAGUGUGUACCCCACACAAUGGUGCUAUUCUGUGUCAAACACCUCUGUAUUUUUUAAAAUGUCAAUUGAUAU